UCAGCUUUGGAUGGAUUUCGUAAAUGGGAUGCAGUCUACUUUCACUUCAUAUCCAUAAAUGGCUACCUUUACGAAAAUACCCUUGCCUUCUUCCCUCUUUUUUCCAUUGUUUUAAGAACCUUUUCGAGUUUUACCUAUGUUUUCUGUUUUUCUUCGAGUUUUCGGACUCACACCAUCCUCUGUGGUGUCUGUUUAAAUUUUUUAUUCAACGUUUUGUGUGCCAUCCAGAUUUAUCGGCUGUCGAAGCUGUCCCUUAUGAGUGAUUCGGUUUCCAUUGUAUCUGCCCUUCUCUUUACAAUAAAUCCCGCUUCAGUUUUCUUUUCUACUCUGUACUCAGAAUCUCUCUACACCUUGCUCCUUAUUUCCGCUCUUGUCUACAUUAAUGAACGCAGAUAUUUAAGUGGAUGUAUCCUUCUUUCUCUAACCGUUUUCUGCCGAAGCAAUGGAUUAGUGAAUAUUGGUUUUGCUUGCUUCCCACACUUUAUCCUUUUGGCAAAUCGUUUCCUAGACCCUAGUUCUAUUAAGCAAAAAUUUAGGGUGAUACUUUCCAUGGCCUACCGCGUGAUAAUUAUUUUGUCAAUAGUAAUCGGAGUGGCCAUCCCGUAUGUAGCAUAUCAAUAUUACGCCUACUUCCUGUACUGUUCAGUCGCGCCCAGGCCUGCUUCUUUAUCAUUCUUGAUGCCACAUAUGCCUAGUCCGGACUUGGAAGAGUUUGCUCGGAAGCUUGGAGUUCCUACACCAUAUUCUGUCAAUUCAACAACACGACCAGAAUGGUGUGAAGUUGUGCCUUGGUCUUCGUACACGCGCUUGCAGAAAAAAUUUUGGAAUGUUGGACCAUUUAAUUAUUAUGAGUGGAAACAAAUACCAAAUUUUCUACUUGCUCUCCCUGUGAUAGUCUUAGUUAUCAGAACAGUACACUUAUACGGACGAAUGGCUUUCAAAACAAUGGUUUCGUUAGGUUUAAUUGAAGCUCACAGAAGGCAGAGGCUUGUGCUUCCACACAUUUAUCACGUCAUGUUUCUGUGCGCCUAUGGCAUCGUCAACGUCCAUAUUCAGGUAGGUCACUUGUCUUUACUAUUUCCUUCUAUUUUAUUUGAACAAAUUGACUUGCUUUUCAUUACACCAAAUCCUUAA